AUGAUAAGUUUGUCCCAAAGUGUGUCGACCUCUACUACUACCAGCGUGUCUUCCAGUGUGGCCUUGGCUUUCACUUCAGCAAGUCUUUUACGAAGUGUCUUGUUCUCCACCUUUGCUUGGCUUUUAAGCGGUGCCUCGAUUAUCGCUUUUUCCUGUACCUGGUAGAGUGUCUUGCAAACUCUUUUGACCUGCACUUGCACUAGCGUUAUUGUUCGUCCGUCGUGUCAACUUGCAUUUCUGCUAGCCUGUUACUCAGUGUAUGCACCAGCUUCUUGGCCUCUAGGUCGGCUACUGUGUCGCUUAGUUUCUCGAACUGCAGCUCUACUCGUCUUUCAGCCAGUGUGCCUACUUGUGCGUCGCCCUACUUUUUGGCUUUUUCUUCGCCAAGUGUCUCGACCUUUACGUUUGCUAGCCUGUCACCCGGUGUGUUUACAAAAGCAUCAUUUUCGGCGUUGGUUAGUGUCACCAAGUUUCUCGACCUUUACUUCUGCUUGCCUAGCAACCAUUUGGUAGUGCAGCGCCUUGGCGUUUUCCCCAAGCUGUGUGUCGCAAGUGACUGGAUCUUAUUCUCUGCUACCGUGUUUUUCAAUAUUUGUAAUGUUUCCAUGCCCUUUGGCUCGGACAGUGUGUUGCCAAAUGUGUGGACCUUAACCUCUGUUUCUCUGGCUGCUAGUGUGUUAAGCACCGCUUUGCACUCUACCUUGACCGGCAUGUUGCCAACUUUAUAUUCCUCCAGCACUGGUAGUCUGUCAGUCAGUGCGUAUAUAAGCGUCUCGGCGUCCACCUCGGAAAGCGUGUAGCAUAGCACCUGGACAUCCACCUCUAUCACUCUGUAAUCAAGUUUUUCCACCAACGCUUUAUUCUUUACCAGUUACCAGUGUGGCCUUGGCCUCCACAUAAGCUACUCUUUCGCCAAGUAUCUUGUUCUACACCUUUUCUUGCCUUUUAACUCGUGCCUCGAUUAUCGCUUUAGCCUUUACUUUGUACAGUAUCUCGCAAAAUGUGUUGACCUCCACUUGGAGUACCGUCUUUGUUAGGGUGUUGUCUCAACUUGCAUUUCUGCUAGCCUUUCACUCAGUGUAUUCAGCAGCUUCUUUCGCCAAGUGUCUCGACCUCCACGUCUGCUAGCCACUCAGCUAGUUUGUUUACCAGUUCAUCAUUUUCGCAUUCGCUGGUGUUGCCAAGUUUCUUGACCUUUACUUCUGCUUAUCUUGCAACCAUUUGGUACUGCAACGCCUUGGCGUUUACCUCAAGCUGUGUGUCGCCAAGUGACUGGACCUCAUUCUCUGCUACCGUGUCAGUUAAUGUGUGUAACGUUUCCAUACACUUCAGCUCGGACAGUGUGUCGGCGAGUCUGUGGACCUUGACCUCUGUUUUUGUGUCUGCGGGUGUAUCUAUCACCGCUUAGCACUCUACCUUGACCGGCAUGUUGCCAACUUUAUAUUCCUCCAGCACUGGUAGUCUUUCAGUCAGUGCGUAUAUAAGCGUCUAGGCGUCCACCUCGGAAAGCGUGUAGCAUAGCGCCUGGACAUCCACCUCUAUCACUCUGUAAUCAAGUUUGUCCACCAACGCUUUAUUCUUUACCAGGUACAGUUUGUCCCCAAGUGCGUCGACCUCUACCGCUAACAGCAUGUCCGCCAGUGUGGCCUUGGCCUCCACUUUAUCUAGUCUUCAGUGUCUUGUUCUCCACCUUUGCUUGCCUUUUAACCAGUGCCUCGAUUAUCGCUUUAACCUUCAAAUCUUACAGUAUCUCGCAAACUGUGCUGACCUUCAUUUGCAGUAGCCUCUUUGUUCGCGUGUCGUCUCAACUUGCAUGUCUGCUUGACUGUCACCUAGUGUAUGCAGCAGCUUCUCAGCCUCCAGCUCGGUCACUGUGACGCUAAAUGUCUCGACCUCCCACUCUGCUCGCCUGUCAGCCAGUGUGUAGACCUGCGCCAUUAGCUGCGCCGCAACUAGUUGGAAGCCUGUCAGUUAAUGUGUAGUCCAAAAACUAACUCUUCACCUCGCCUAAUGUUUGGCGAGAUGUGUCAACCUCUUUCGCCGCAAGCCUGUAGCCUAGUGUCGCAGUUGGGCGUCAGUCUCCACCACGAACAGUAAUUCGCCAACUGUGUUGACUUGCCACUCAGUUACCUUUUCAGCCAGUGUGUCUACUUUGCCUUGGCCAUCUUCUUGGCCUGUCCUUCGCAAAGUGUCUCGACCUCCACCUCUGCUAGCCUGUCACCUAUUUUAGUCUAUAAGCAAGUGUGUCCACCACCGCUUUAGAGUUUACCAUGGACAGUUUCUCCCCCAGUGUGUCGACCUCUACCGCUACUAGCGUGUCCGCCAGUGUGGACAAACCCUCCACUUCAGCUAGUCUUUCGCCAAGUGUCUUGUUCUCCACCUUUGCUUGGCUUUUAACCAGUGCGUCGAUUAUCGCUUUUGCCUGUAUCUCGUAAUGUAUCUCGCAAACUGUGGUAACCUUCACUUGGGCCUCUUUGUUGGUGUGUCGUCUCAACUUGCAUUUCUGCUAGCCUGUCAUUCAGUGUAUGCACCAGUUUCUUGGGCUCCAGCUCGGCCACUGAGAUACUAAGUGUCUUGACCUCCACUUCUGCUCGCCUGACAGCCAGUUUUGUUGACCUACGCAAAGGUGUGCACAUCGGCUAGUCUGUUUGUUAGUGUCUCAAAGACAAUAACUCUUAGACAAUUAGCAUGUCAGCAAAUGUAAUGACUGCCGCACCUACACCACUGUAUGGUUAAUAGUAUCAAAUUUUACCCUUGCUUGCCGCUGACAGUUUGUUUAACACCUCUUGGUACUUUACUUUCGUCAGUGUGUAGCCGACUGUUUCCACUUUCACCACUGAUAGCCUGUCAGCCAGUGUGUCGACCAGUAUCUUGCUCCCCAUCUCAAACAAUGUGUUCUAAACUGUCUUGACCUCUACCCGUUUUUCUCUUUCAGGCAGCAUGUCGACCAGCGCCUGGAAAUCCACCUCGGCCAGGUACUCGCAAGGUUUUUCAAAUUACACCUCUAAUAACCUAGCAACCAAUGUGUCAAUCAGCCCCGCUUUUUGAGUUUUUGCUAGUGUGUUUUCAAGUUACUUCACCUGCAUUCUUGCAUGUCUCUGAACUAGAGUGUCAACAAGCGUGUCAAUCUCCACCUCAGACACUGUGCCGCCAAGUUUGUUAAGCAUACAGCAUCAAGCAUCGCAAUGUCCUUUACCCAGGCCAGUGAGGCGCUUAGCGUCUCUUAAUUGGACAGUGUGUAAAGAAGGUAUUCGAGCUUUACCUAUGAUAGGCUAUUAGUCAGUGUGUGGGCAAGUGUCUUGACCUCCACCUUUGGUAAGCUCAUAAAGAGAGAUUCGAUCAGCCUCUCCGUCUCCACCUAGGCCAGUGUCUCGCGAAGUUUGUCAACUUUCGUUACAACUUUGCUAGCUUGUGCUUUUGUUGUUUGACAAGCCUCUCCCUAGGACUCUACCUUCACUAGGGUGUCGUAGAGUGUCUUGACCUAGGCCAUCACUAGCCCUUCAGCCAGUGUGACUACAAGCGCAUUGGUUUCCAUCUAGGCGAUUAUUUUUGUAAUUUUCUUGAUGUCCACCUUUGCUAGCUAUGCAGAUAGUGUCUCCACCAGAGCCUCAGCCUCCACAUUGCAAAAUAUGUAGGUAAGAGUGCUUAUCUUCACCUCUGCAAGCCUCUUAAUUAGGGUAUAGACCAGUGCAUUUGCAUCCAACACGGUCAGUGUGUCGCUUAGUGUCCUGACCUCUAUCUUUGUCCCAAAACUAGGUCUCCACCCCGCCUAAUGUUUGGCCAAGUGUGUAAACCUCUUUCUCCGCAAGGCUGUAGGCUGGUGUCUCAGUUGUGUGUCAGCUUCCACCACGAACAGUAAGUGGCCAAAUGUGUUGACUUGCCACUCUGUUACCUUUUCAGCCAGUGUGUAUACUUUGCCUCGGCCUACUUCUUGGCUUUUCCUACGCCAAGUGUCUCGACCUCCACCUCUGCUGCCCUGUCACCCAGUGUCUUUACCAGUACAUCAUUUUUGGCGUUGGCUGGUGUCGCCAAGUUUCUCGAGCUUUACUUCUGCUUUCCUAUCAGUUAUUCGGUAGCCAGGUGCCUUGGUGUUUACCUCAAGCUGUGUGUCGCCAAGAAACUCGACCUCAUUUUCUGCUACUGUGACAGUCAAUGUGUGUAACGUUUCCAUACCCUUCAGCUCGGACAGUGUGUCGCCAAGUGAGUGGACCUCAACCUCUGAUUUUCUGUCUGCGGGUGUGUCAAGCACCGCUUUGCACUCUUCCUUGGCUGGCAAGUUGCCAACUUUAUUUUUCUCCACCACUGGUAGCCAGUCAGUCAGUGCGUAUAUAAGCGUCUUCGCGUCUACCUUGACAAGUGGGUAGUUUAGUGCCUGCACAUCUACCUGUCUUACCCUGUAAGCAAGUGUGUCCACCACCGCUUUAGGUCUUUACCAUGAUAAGUUUGUCCCAAAGUGUGUCGACCUAUACUACUACCAGCAUGUCUGCCAGUGUGGCCUUGGCUUUCGCUUCAGCAAGUCUUUUGCAAAGUGUCUUGUUCUCCACCUUUGCUUGGCUUUUUAAAGGUGCCUCGAUUAUCGCUUUUUCUUGUACCUUGUACAGUGUUUCGCAAACUCUGUUGACCUGCUGUUGGACUAGCGUCAUUGUUCGUGCGUCGUCUCAACUUGCAUUUCUGCUAGCCUGUUACUCAGUGUAUGCACCAGCUUCUUGGCCUCUAGGUCGGCUACUGUGUCGCUUAGUUUCUCGAACUGCAGCUCUACUCGUCUUUCAGCCAGUGUGCCUACUUGUGCGUCUCCCUACUUUUUGGCUUUUUCUUCGCCAAGUGUCUCGACCUUUACGUUUGCUAGCCUGUCACCCGGUGUGUUUACAAAAGCAUCAUUUUCGGCGUUGGCUAGUGUCGCCAAGUUUCUCGCACUUUACUUCUGCUUGCCUAGCAAUAAUUUGGUAGUGCAGCGCCUUGAGGUUUUCCUCAAGCUGUGUGUCGCCAAGUGACUGGAUCUCAUUCUCUGCUACCGUGUCCUUUAGUGUGUGUAACGUUUCCAUGCUCUUUAGCUCGCCCACUGUGUCGCUUAGUGUCUCGAUCCCCACUUCUGCUCCCCUGUCAGCUGGUGUGUCGACCUAAGCCAAGGUCUGCACUUCGGCUAGUGUGUUGCUUAGUGCCUCAAAGACAAUCACUCUUAGACAAUUACCAUGCUAGCCAAUGUGUUGAAUUCCGCCACCUACACUACUGUAUUGUUAAUAGUAUCAAAAUCUAGCUCUGCAAGCCACUGACAGUUUGUGUAACACCGCUUGGUACUUUACUUUGACCAGUGUCUAGCCGACUGCUACGAAUUUCACCACUGAUAGCCUGUCAGCCAGUGUCUCGACCAGUGUCUUGGUCCCCACCUCGAACAAUGUGUUCUAAAGUGUUUUGACCUCUACCUAUUUUUCUCUUCCAGACAGCGUGUGGACCAGCGCCUGAAACUCCACCUCGGCCAGUGACUCGCAAGGUUUUUCAACCUACACUCCUAAAAGCCUAGCAACCAAUUUGUCGAGCAGCGCCGAUUUCUCCGUUUUCGCUAGUGUGUUUUCAAGUGAUCCUACCUGCAUCCUUGCUUGCCUCUCAACCAGAGUUUCAUCCAGCGUGUCAAUCUCCACCUCAGACAGUGUUUCGCCAAAUAUGUUAAGCAUACAGCAUAAAGCAUCGCCAUGAACUUUAGCCCGGCCUUGCCUAGCGUCUCGAACUCGGACAGUGUGUAGAGAAGUUAUUCAAGCUCUACUUUUCUCAAGUGUGUCAACUUGCUCCUCUGCUAGCCUGUAAGCCAGCACAUCAACCAGCCUCUGGCCUCCAACUCGGCCGGUCUUUUGCUAAGUGUCUCAACCUUCAAUACUACUAACCUUUCGGGUAGUGUCUUGACCUAGGCAAGGCCUGCACCUUGAUUAGUGUGUUGCUCAGUGUCUCGAAGUCCACCUCUCUUUGUCUGUUGGCCAGUGUUUUGACUAGCGCUUUGGCUUGCUUCUUUGUCAGUGUGAAGCCAAGUUCCCCAACUCCACCUCUUUUAGCAUGUCAGUCAGUGUGUGGACAAGUGCCUUGACCCCCAACUUUGGAAGGCUUAUAGAGAGUGUCAACCAGCCUCUCCGCCUUCACCUAGGCCAGUGUCUCGCCAAGUUUGUCGACUUUCUUUACAACUCUGCUAGCUUGUGCUCUUGUGUUUUGACCAGCCUCUCCCUAGGACUCUACUUUCACGAGGGCGCCGCGGAGUGUCUUGAACUGGCCUCGCUAGCCCUUAAGCAAGUUUGUCUGCAAGCGAUUUGGCUUACAUCUACGCCAUUCUUUUGGUAAUUUUUUUAUGUCCACCUUUGCUAGCUAUGCAGAUAGUAUCUCUUUUAGCACGUCAGCCUCAACCUUGACUCUCAAAGCAUCUUAGUUAGGGUGUCGACAAUUGCGUUUGCAUCCAACACGGCCAGUGUGUCGCUUUCUUUUCUGACCUCUAUUCCUGCUAGCCUUUCAGCCAGUAUGUCGGCUUAUCCCUAGGCCUGCCUCUUAACAAGUGUGUUGCUUAGUGUCUAACCUUUAACUCUGUAAUGCUAUUACAUGGUUUGUCGACUAGCCUCUUAGCCUCUACCUAGGUCAGUGUUUUGCUAAGUGCCUCGACCCCCACGUCUCCUAGCCUAUAAUCGAGUUUCUUCACAAGCGCCCAAGAUUUUACAUUUGCCGGGGUCUGGGAAAGAGUGUCGAGCUACACCUCUUCUAGCUUGUCAGCCAGUUGUUUAACCAGCUUGAGGGCCUGUACUUCGGCCAGUCUUGCGCCGAGUGUCUGGAACUAAACUUCUGCUAGCCUGACGGCCACUGUAACUACCGUUUUCAGUUGGCCAGUGUUUAAGCAAGUGUGUCGGCUUUGGCAACUGCUAGCCUGUCAGCAAGUUAAUCGGUGUUGUCAACUGUUUCGACCUUCAACUUUGGUAGCCUGUCAGUUAAUGUGUAGUCCAAAAACUAACUCUUCACCUCGCCUAAUGUUUUGGCGAGAUGUGUGAACCUCUUUCUCCGCAAGCCUGUAGCCUAGUGUCGAAGCGUGUAGCAUAGCGCCUGGACAUCCACCUCUAUCACUCUGUAAUCAAGUUUUUCCACCAGCGCUUUAUUCUUUACCAGGUACAGUUUGUCCCCAAGUGUGUCGACCUCUACCGCUAACAGCAUGUCCGCCAGUGUGGCCUUGGCCUCCACUUCAUCUAGUCUUCAGUGUCUUGUUCUCCACCUUUGCUUGCCUUUUAACCAGUGCCUCGAUUAUCGCUUUAGCCUUCACCUCUUACAGUAUCUCGCAAACUGUGCUGACCUUCACUUGCAGUAGCCUCUUUGUUCGCGUGUCGUCUCAACUUGCAUUUCUGCUUGGACUGUCACCUAGUGUAUGCAGCAGCUUCUCAGCCUCCAGCUCGGUCACUGUGACGCUAAAUGUCUCGACCUCCCACUCUGCUCGCCUGUCAGCCAGUGUGUAGACCUGCGUCAAGGUCUGCGCCGCGGCUAGUCGGUAGCGUAGUGUCUCAAAGGCAAUCUAAUCUCUCUUAGACAGUUAACAUGUCAGCCAAUGUGUUGAUUGCCGUGACCUACACCAAUUUAUGGUUAAUAGUAUUAAAUUCCACCUCUGCUAGUCUUGCAGACAGUUUGUUUACCAGCGCCUGGUACUUUACUUUGGCAGUCUACAGCCGACUGUUUCGAUCUUCACCACUGCUUCACCACUGCAUCGCCAUGGCUUUCAGCGCGGCCAGUGAGUUGCCUAGCGUCUCGAACUCGGACAGUGUGUAGAGAAGUUAUUCGAGCUUUACCUAUGAUAGCCUAUUAGUUAGUCUGAAGUGCAAAGCCUAACCUCGGCUAGUGUUUCGUCAAGUGUGUCAACUUGCAUUUCUGCUAGCCUGUCAGCCAGUAGGUCAACCAGCCUCCUGGCUUCUGCCUCGGCCAGUCUUUUGCUAAGUGUCUCCACCUCCAAUACUACUAACCUUUCAGUUAGUGUUGAUUGA